AUGGCGAUGAACUUACGGCAAUCAAUGGGAGGAUAUCUUGAUGCCUACAGUCCCCAAAACUCGGUUACUCCUGCUGGCGUUUUCGUCAACCGUGUUGAGGACGUCGAGUUUGAAUGCGUACCAAUGUUGCUUAUGGAGCAAGUGCUCAAAUUUUUGAAUGAUGUGAGAGAAGACCUUCGAAAUUCAAUGGCAAAGGAUGUUGUGACUAUUAAAAAUGAGAGUUUGAUAUCUGAUAGAGAUCAAGACCGCAUGGGGAUACAGUCUAAUGCUUAUGAAAGAAAAUUGUGUACUCAGGUGCCUAAAGAUAUCUCACUACAUUUUCAGAAGAAGAUUACUCUGUCUAAAAAUGAGAAGCAAGAUAUGGACAUUAGUUCUUUCUUCGGAAAUCAAGAAACUUACAGACAAUACCUGGAAAUAGAAAAGGACGAUAAGCUUCUUGCUCAGGUGCUUCAGUCUAGAACUCUAGAAAUGGAAAGAGAGAGAUCAAGUAGACAACAUCUUAUACUUGUAGCAUCUCUGCUUGAUCGAAUACCUAACCUAUCUGGCCUUGCAAGGACUUGUGAGGUUUUAUUUAAAGCAUCAUGUUUGGCCAUUGCGGAUAAAAAUGUACUACAUGACAAACAAUUUCAACUAAUCCGUGUGACUGCGGAGAAGUGGGUUCCUAUCGUUGAAGUCCCGGUGAAUAGUUUGAAGGUUUUCCUUCAGAAAAAGAAACGAGAAGGCUUCUCAAUUUUAGGACUAGAGCUGACUGCAAAUAGUAUACCUCUUGAUCAAUAUAUCUUUCCUAAAGACACAGUACUGGCUCUUGGCUGAGAGAAGGAAGGUAUACCAGUUGAUAUAAUACAUUUUCUGGAUGCGUGCCUUGAGAUUCCACAAUUGGGAGUUGUUAGAUCUCUAAAUGUCCAUGUCAGUGGUGCCAUCGCUCUGUGGGAAUAUACUAGACAGCAAAGAUCCCAGUAG